CGAGGGUUUGGGUUUUGAUUUUGGUAAUUGGGAAUUGUGGGAAUUGUGGGAAUUCUUGUAUGUAGAAUGAGUGUCGCUCCGGCUCCCGCUCCCUCUUCCACUCGCAACCCCACCCAUUUGGUAAUUUUACUACUCCUUCCGCUCCAUACUUCUCUGAAUUCAUAGCUCCAAAUUAUUACCCUUUCCCUCCCCUCCUCCCCUCCCAUCCCUAAAAAUAAUAUAUAUAACCAAGCCAAUGUACUCAAGCAAUUUGAAAGGCUUCAUCUUGGCCGUCGUCUCGAGCGCCUUCAUUGGCUCCAGCUUCAUCAUCAAGAAGAAGGGUCUCCGCCGGGCAAGUGUCAACGGCCCUCGAGCCAGUGUGGGAGGAUAUGGGUAUCUGUUAGAACCUCUAUGGUGGAUAGGAAUGGUAACAAUGGUUGUUGGAGAGAUAGCCAAUUUUGUAGCAUACAUUUACGCACCUGCUGGCCUGGUCACCCCGCUUGGUGCAUUGAGCAUUAUUGUUAGUGCUGUUUUAGCGCAUUUUUUGUUGAAGGAGAAACUUCAGAAAAUGGGAAUGUUGGGGUGUCUUUUAUGCAUAGUGGGUUCGACUGUGAUUGUACUCCAUUCACCUGAAGAGCAAUCUCUCAGUUCCGUCGAAGAAAUCUGGGAAUUAGCAAUACAACCUGCAUUUCUUUUGUAUACAGCCUCGGUGGUAGCUGUAACAUUAGUUCUGAUGUUGUUUUGUGCUCCCCGCUAUGGCCAAACCAAUAUACUGAUUUAUACAGGAAUCUGUUCUAUAAUAGGAUCGUUGACAGUUAUGAGUGUAAAAGCAAUUGGGAUUGCUAUAGAACUCACAAUAGAGGGCACCAACCAGCUAAAAUACUUCCAAACAUGGAUUUUUGGAAUGGUUGCAGUUACCUGUAUCAUCACUCAAUUGAAUUAUCUGAACAUGGCGUUGGAUACUUUCAACACAGCAAUUGUUUCUCCGAUAUAUUAUGCAAUGUUCACAUCUUUUACAAUAUUUGCCAGUGCAAUAAUGUUUAAGGAUUAUUCGGGUCAAAGUGUGAGCAGCAUAGCAUCAGAAUUUUGCGGUUUCAUCACUGUGUUAUCUGGGACUGCUAUAUUGCAUAGUACAAGAGAGCCAGAUCCACCUUUAAUUACAGAUUUGUACACACCAUUAUCUCCGAAAGUAUCAUGGUACAUACAAAGCAAUGGGGAAUGGAAGCAGAAGGAUGAGGAUGGCACGGCCCCUAAUUUCAUCACUAUUCUUCGGCAAGACUACUUCAACUUGAAAGCCAGAGGUAUGCUUGGGACUCUAAAAGUGCUUUGGCAUGACUGUGAAGUAGCUCUCGUGCAUAGAAAACCAAGCAGAAAUGUUUUGCUGCGAUUUUUUUCGGCUUUCCAUUCAAAUUUUGAGCGGUGUGUUGUGGAAUUGUCAAAUAGCCAUAGUUUUAGAAGCGACGUCUUCAUUCAUUCAUUCUCUCACCACACGAGAUUUUAGUUUCAAUCCUUGUAGAGAGUCGGACGGAUCCUUCUCCGGCUUAUAGCUUGUAAUUUGAUCUGACUCAUCAAUGUAAUUUAAUUCAAUUGCUUUUCUUACUA